AUAUCAUGCUGAAUCAUUCCUGUUUAAAUUUAAUAAUCAAAUAACGAAUCGGUGACGUGGCGGCGCAAUACCAGAGAGCGCAAUAAAGAAUACCUACUUAACAAAAUAUAUACAAUUUAUCACAUUAGUUUGAGGUUUGAGGUAGAUUGCAGUGCACGUUAUUUUCAAAAGUUCAACAUGGCUGUUCCUGCAUUUGAUGCCCUAUUAGAACAACCUGUUUUCCGUACAUACUUCUUCUAUGUGGGCCUUUUAUCUUUGAAACUGUUGGGUAUGUCAUUACUGACUGGUGCGAAAAGAUUUAUCACCAAGGCAUAUGUAAACCCUGAAGAUGCUGCUGGUUUUAAAGUGAAAGUAAAAACCCAUGAGGAUGUUGAAAGAGUCAGAAGGGCACAUCUUAACGAUCUAGAAAACAUCCCAGUAUUCUUCGCCGUUUGCUUCGCCUACCUCACCACCAACCCCAGCGUUUUCUUAGCAUCGACUUUAAUAAGAGUUUUUACUUUAUGUAGAUUUAUUCACACUAUUGUUUAUGCAGUGGUUGUGAUUCCUCAACCUGCUAGAGGAUUGUCUUGGGGUAUCGCUUUCUUCAUUACCGUUUAUAUGGGAAUUUCUACCAUUCUACAUUAUCUUUAAGUUUUCAGAAUUUGUUUCAAAAAGUGUUGUUUUUUACUUUUUUGUUAUUUUUGUACUGUAUUUUUCUUUCCAGUUAUGUGAGUAUAUUUAAUUAGUAUUAUACUGAAUACAGAAUAUACCAUAAUACAAUCA